AUGAGCGACACCGCGACGCACCGCUACUACCGCUUCAUCGCCACCGCAACCGGCUUCACGAUGAGCGGCCUCGUGGCCACCAUCCCGACGACGUACCCGAUGCGGUAUGUCCUCGCCGGGGGUGCGCGCGAGAAUGUAGUAGAGAUGGGAGCGGGGCUGUCGUAUGGGCCGGGCUAUCGGCACCACUCUCCGGAUAUCAGGUGCUUCUUCGUGGAAUUUUUUUGGCUGGAGGGAGGUGGUUGCGUAUUUGCGGUAUGCGAAGAGGCUGACUGGAGGCUGGCGAGAAGGGGCAUGUGGAAAGUCCGCUUCAGGAUUUGGGGAUCCUGGGAGAGGGAUUUGGGAUGA